CACAGUGCGUGCGUGUGUGUGUGUUGUUGUAAUGAAGUGGUGAUGUUCUGGGACAGAAAGAACAGUGUGGGAAAUUCACAGCGGCGUUCUAAAGGACGACACAGACCCAAGUCUGCUGCAGCCUCCCUCAGUCUGGAGGCAGAGAGCGGCGGCAGACGCGGCGGCGGCAGCAGCAGCAGUAGUCACGGCGAUGGCAGCCACGGCAUCAGCAGCAUCAGUGGCGGCGGCGGAGGAGGCGGCGGCAGCAUCAGCGGCGCGGCCCACUUCGGGUCGCCAUGGCAACAGAGCGUGAACGUGUUUGGACCGUGGAGCAGGCCGGAGUGUGUCGAGGAGCUGCACCAGCAGGCGCAGCUCAACCUCCAGAGUCUGCUGCAAGACUUUGAGGAGCAGUUGUGCGACUCCAAACUGACCGGUCAGACGUUCAGACAUCCGUCCUCGCAGAGUUCUGACGACGCGUCCACCUCCGUCAGCCGCUCACCUGUUUCCAUCAACAAGAGACCUGACUUCAUCUUCCUGCCGGCCUCCAAACAGCUCUACGAAGAUGAAACCGCCUCCUCUGUGUUUGGACUGAGGUCGGCGACUGACCCGUCCCCGUCGCCGUCCCCCUGUGGCUCAGAUCGCCCCCCUCUGGGCUGGAGCAGCAACAACAGCAGCAGCAGCAGCGCGGCCACGUCGGUGAACGCGGGGCCUCCUGUGGCGGAGAAGCCGCGCUGGCACCUGGGCAGACGAGCGCCGGCUCACUUCAUCCCGCUCGAUAUCACAGGUGGAGCAGCAGCAGGAGCAGGAGCAGCAGGAGGAGGUAAAUUCCACGGCGUCGACCUCCUCCAACACUCCCCCUCCCCGUCUCCGGGAGAACCCUCCCCCCACCAGCCUCACUCCCUGGAGCCCGUCACCAACACCCCCCACCAGAACCUCGUCCUGAGGAAGACGCACUCUGACCUCGACGCCACCUCACCUGCAGAUAAACCCACAGAUCAAAGGGUUUCAAGGAACCAGCGUCACCAGGUAACUAUGGACCACUCUGGACUUCUGUGCUCAAACACGCCCUCCACCUCCUGGAAUGGACCCAAAGGAUCCACCUUUUCUCCUGGAGCGUGGAACGAGCCGUACAAUUACAGCAUGAACAAAGGACCGGCGGUUCCUCCCAAACAGCACAGCGUCAUCGGUAACACUGGCGUGGGGGUGCAGGACGGUGUGAUGUUGGUGAGGUCGGGACAGACGGUGAGCUCACAUUCCAGUUCAUUCACGUCUGUGUCGGAGCCUCUGGAGAGAGGAGGGACUAUCAUACCAGCAUCAAUGAUGGGUAAACGGAGCGAGACAGAAGGGGCUGCAGCAGAUGGAGGGAGAGGCGGAGGAGGAGGAGGAGGGGAGACUGGGAGAGGGAGGGAGAGGUCAGCACGUUCCAUAGCAGCACAGAAUGCCUUCAAGUUCCGAGAGCGUUCUCUUUCAACGCCAACGGAUUCCGGUUCCUUUUGCUUUCCUGAGGGAGGUAUGGAUCAUCCAGAUGGACACGCUUUGUCGACAAGGAACGGGAAUGUUUUGACAAUGGCCGACCACCGCGAAAACUACGCUCUCCUCUACCCCAGAGGCAGCUCUGAGGACAGCGCAAGUACCGCUGACACAAUCUCCGUCACAGCAUCGGACUACAGCACAGAAGGCCGCUUGCGCCUACGGUCCCGCUCCAUCUCACUCAAGAAGUCCAAGCGCAAGCCUCCGCCGCCUGUGAGGAGUGUCUCGCUAAUGAAGAACCUUGGAGAAGCAGAGGGAAGGAUCCACCACCAUGGUGGACUCUAUAGGGACGGUCGCCCGAAAAGCCUGCACAUCCCAAGAGACCACUUCCCAGACUUCCAGCCGGACUUUCUCCUGCCCAGCUCCUCUAAAUCAAGUGUUAGUGAGCGAGAGCUUGUUCGUGGAAGCAGCAAUGGGCCGCCAAUUCUGGAGGUCCAGGCACCAGAGAAGGAGGGAGACACAGAGCUGACCUUCCCUACUCACUGGCAGCUGGGGGAGUGGAAGAACGAUCCCUACAGGUCUCUAUCAGGCUCCAGCACAGCAACAGGUACCACAGUGAUUGAAUGUAUGAAAGUCAGAGGCAGCUCCGAGUCUCUUCUGGACUCUCCUUCCACCUCAAGAGCCACCUCGCCGGCACAACUCUCCAUUGAAACUGACAUUAAGGCGUCCUCGCCCUUCAAACCCCCUGGAGUUAUGUCCCCAUCAAGUGGUUAUUCUAGCCAGUCAGAGACUCCCACCUCGACUGUUCCUGUCAGCCAUGCGGCAGGUCAGGGAAUGGUCGGGACGCUAGGGUGCAAAAUGCGCCCAAAGAUCCCAGAAAGGAAAUCAUCAUUACCGUCCCCCAAAGACCCAACGGUGAGGUCGAGGUUGUCCUUUGAGAUGCCUGGGAAUGCACAUCUGGAUCUGUCAUCAAUCAAGCCAAAGCAAAAGGCCAGUAGACGUCAUUCUGACACGUCCACAGCGUCAAAACCGGGAAAAAUCAGCCCUUCACAGACAUUACCUGUGGUUUCCCAGAAUGAGCUGAAGACUGUCCGGUUGCGUUCUGUGUCUCGUGGUGACUUAGAGGACUGUCCUGAUGGUGCGUCUGACACCAUUGAAGAAGAGCAACAUGGCCGCGAUCUGGGCGAAGAUCCUAGUCCUCCGCCCACUUUACCAAAACCCAAACCACCUGUCGCAGUCAAGCCCCCUUUGCCAAAGCGGCCCAUUAAUCUUCUUCUUAAGUCUCCAUCCCCCUCCUCUACCUCCCCCCUUGCCCUUGACUCACCUCCUGCCUCACCCAUAGACAGGCCUGUGCCUCUGGGCAACAUCUACAAAGUCAUGAGAAAACCCAAACCCAAAAAAACACCUCCACAAACCUCGAGUACUUCUGUUUACCCAGAUUUAAAUCUCCACACCACAGCACAAACCGGCUAUGACCAUCCAUUCCUGCCACUCCCCCAGACCCUCUUUGACCUCCCUCCUCUUCCAGAUCCACAGCCACUUCUGGAGGACCCAACGCUAGAGCCAGAGUUUGAGGCAGAAGCAGACAUACGUCUGAGGCCCGAGGAUGGGGGUUCACUUCCUUCUCCGUGCAGUCACCAAGAGGCCCAGGAGCUGCAGGACAAGAGCAAGACGCUGCCCUCGAGGAUGACAAUGUCCUGUUUCACCGAGUUCUCAGAGAGAAAGAAACCUAAGGUUCCUCCUCCGGUUCCGAAGAAGCCAAAUGUUCUGCAUCUUCCCACAUCAGUCCACUCCUCCUCUAACGGCAGCACAGACCGACAGACGCCGCAGACAGACAGCCCCGUGGGCCUUCGGUCUCCUGUCGGAGCGUUUGCACCUGAUGAUAUCCCCAGUGCUCCUUGUGUCCCAGAUAUGCCAGAACAAGAGGAGAACCACCUGGAUCCUGACGAGGAGAGUUCAAAGGAGUCGUCACUUCAGUCGUCUCUGCAGGAUUCCUCUCUCACGGAGCUGGAAGAGAAAAUGGGCAGCAACAGGAUUAUGGCAGACGACUCGGUCGGAGAGAGGGCAGUUCUCCACAUCGCUGAGGAAACAGAUGACGACGUGCUCGCCGGCACGCUGACGACACACACCACUGAAGACCUGUUCACUAUCAUACACAGGUCCAAGCGAAAGGUUCUGGGCCGUAAAGAACCGUCCGACUCCUUCGGCAGUCGGCAGAGUCUGGUUUCCCCGGUGAAGCACGGCCCUGGCGGCGGCCCCGGCGGUGGUGGCGGCGACCUGAGGAACCUGACGCUGGGCAGCACUCAACGCUCCAGCUCCCGCAACGAGAACUUCAUGGCCCUGCUCCAGAAGAAAGGCAGCAAGUCGUCCGGCGGCGGCGCCCGGGUCUCGGCCAUGGAGCUCCUGAAAAGCACAAACCCUCUGGCCCGACGGGUCACCGAGUUCACCGUGGGCGCAGACGCGGGGGAGGCGGAGCCCGGGAGCGGCAAACCCGCCGAUCAGUGAAGGGGAGGCGUCGCCAAACAACCGCGACAAACGACUCCACGACAGAGCGACGCCCUCCGACCGAGCAGAUCGCUCCAACUCCUGACCGACCAUUCGCUCUGUCCAAUCAAACACGGGGGGCGGAGUUUUGGGCAGAAUGGUCCCUCCCACGGUUGGAGCGCUGCGGUCAAACUGGUCCCAGUGGGAACAAGAGAACGUGGAGGGAAACGGCUCCGAGUUACACUCACUGGGAAUUUUCUUCAGGUGGAGAAGACGCUGGGAUUAUUAUUAUAGCGUGGAUUAUAACGACGAGAGUCCAUCAUAAUCUGGAACCAGUUCCAAAUCAAUUUUAAGAAUCAUGUAGAAGAAGAAGAAGAAGGAGGAGAACCCCCGUCCAGCCUGUAGCACCACGAAGAGGAAACCUGAGAAUAUUCCCAGACAUCUGGGAGUCUGCGUCUUCUUCUCCUCUCCUUGGCGGAUUAUCACAGAUUAAAAAAAAAAAACAUGGAGGCUUUUUAUUUUUUUCCGCCACCAAAGACGAGGCAUGAGCAUGUGACACGCGUGUGUUUGUUUUUUGGCUCGUGCUCCGGAAACACUGACGUGGAUCUCGGCGCGAAAGACGUUCCCACGUGUGUCGUUUAAAAAAAAACAACAAAAACAACAACAACAAAAAAAAUAAUCCAACACAAGCACUUUUCUUUGUUUACACGGUGCAGUGAAAAAACAACUCAACAUGUUUUAUUUUUUAUUUUUCGACGGCCGUUUACUGCACGUGUUCAUGUGACUGUUGUGUUUGUAACGUGUACAAAGGUCAAAGGUCAGGACUGAUGUGUG